AGGCAGAGGUUCGGCAACCCGCCUCUAUCAGAUAACGAUAAUCCCAAUACCGGCAAGAAGUGAAGAAAGUUGAAACAUGAAAGUUUGAACAGUCCAAAAUGAACGAGAAUUAUUUGGAAUGGUUCGCAUUAUUCGUCGAAUUGUGUCCGGUUGAACAUUCGUGAAGUAUCAAGUGGUCUUGCAUCGGUUAUUUCUCUAAAGUAUUGCUCAUUUCUGAUGAGAAUUUUUAUGCAGUAACCGCGAAUAACACAGGUAAUUGUGGAAAAUGCCGCUUUACGAAGAAAUAUGUGAUAGUUUGCUGAAAUAUUUGGAUGUGAAACGCGAGGCUGCACGUGUCUCCAGCAUCUUUAAUCCGUUACCUGCAAACGAGAAGGUUUCGUUUACCUAUCGUCUUAUGGAAGAGCAUCGACAUUUGCCAUUUCGCAGAGCAUCCUCUUGGAAAGAUAGUCAACUCGCGACGGAAGAAAGAAAUCGAGGAAAUAAGGCCUUUUGCCAGAAGAAAGAUGCGGAUGCUUUGAAUUUCUACUCUAAAAGUGUUCGCCUGUCUGCGAACGAAAGCCCCGAGUUAUCCCUCGCCUAUGCGAAUCGUUCGGCUGUUUUAUUCAAACUGGAGAAAUUCGAUCUAUGUGUAUUGGAUGUAGACAGAGCACUGGGUAUUAAUUAUCCUGAUAAUUUGAAAUACAAACUGUACGAGAGGAAAGGUAAAUGUUUGAUGGAAAUGGGUCGUUAUUCGGAAGCCAGACAAUGUUUUCAGAAUGCUCGAGAAUAUUUAUCUAAAGCCGAUGUCAAAGCCGAACGUCUUAGUAUACUGGAAACUUCGCUCGAUCAAUCCAUCAACGAGUGUGAAAAAAGUGAUCUACCUGAUAAACAAAUGAAAUCUGUUAAAAGUUUCCCAUUACCAGAGCUGCCAUCGAAAAGUCCACUUAUUCCUAACGCCAGUGUAAAAGUUCAACUGAGUUCCUCGGUGGAAAUGGGCCGACAUUUUGUCGCUACAGAAGAUAUCGAGCCAGGUGAAAUACUCGUCGUUGAAAAACCAUACGCUUCCAUUUUAUUACCAGAAUCUUACCUCACUCAUUGUUCAAAUUGCUUUAUUCGUAAUCUGGCGAUGAUUCCCUGCGAAAAAUGCGCUCAGCUCAUGUUUUGUAAUGAAAAAUGCCGCAGCGAAUCGAUGACACGUUACCACACGACCGAAUGUGAUAUUUUAGCCGACCUUCUUGCAUUAGACGUUAGUAAAAUGGAAUUUUUGGCCGUUCGCACUCUAAUUAUAGCUACCAAUCACGGCAAGAAACUCUGUCAACUUUACGAAGAUCCGAUUUUUGGCACUCCUUUGCCUCCUCCCAAAGCAUCCGAAUUGACGAAUGUCGGCGAUAUUUACGAUUCGCAAAGUUACCAAACAGUUCACAUGUUGGAGGACAAUUAUUUAAAACGAUCGCCUCCGGAUUUAUUUAGAAAAAGUGCCGUUGCUGCUCUUCUACUUCAUGCCAUUAAAUAUUCCAAUUUUUUCAAAAAUGCUACGUCAAAAUCGAAAACGAAAAUCACUUCGCAAAAACUACAAGAUUAUACCGGUUCGUUGUUACUAAAAUACUUGUUAGCAGUCCUCAGCAACGCUCACGAAAUCUCAGAAAUAGUACCAGAUAGUUCGAAUUCUGCAUCCAGAUUGGGUCAUCGAAGUUUAGAAAUUGGCGCAGCUCUGUUCCCAUUACUUAGUUUAACAAAUCAUUCUUGCGAUCCUGGUGCAGUUAGACAUUGUCACUAUGAUAAUUGCGUUUUACGAGCUAUCCAACCUAUCGCUAAGGGCCAACAAGUUUUCGACAAUUAUGGUGUUCAUUACGCUGUGCAUUCUCUGAAGGAUAGAAGGCUCAAGUUGAAAUCUCAGUAUUAUUUCCACUGCGUCUGUACAGCCUGUAAAUCCGAUUGGCCGUUGUAUAAAGAUUUGCCAUCUACCAGACCUAGAUAUUUAUCGAUCGACGUUCCUUUCAAGCAACUAGACGAAUAUACCGUGGAACUUGAACGUUGUUUUGAAAAAAUUUCGGCGGGUAAAUUUGAUGAAGUGAUCGAUGGCCUAUGCGAACAUUUAUCCUUGUUGCAUAAAUACGUCUCGAGACCGUGGAAAGAAUAUGGCAAAAUUCAGGAAACCAUCAAGGAAUGUUUCGCAUGCCAAGGAAACUAUUACGAUCAUUCUGAUAUUUUACUCUGCUUACCCGAGCCAGCAGAAGAUUCGUAAAUUUGAAGAAUGAAGUAUGCAUUUUUAUGCUUGUCUAUUUGGGUGCCCGAUCAAACGUGUCUCCCUCUUGGUUUUCCAGUUUCGUUUUUUUUCGCGGUUAAAGCAAGUCGUACAAAAUGUAGUUUUAUUUAUUACACGAAUUAUUGAAUAAUCGUUGAAGCGCAUUGAACAACGUUCUGUCGGACUUGAUAUUUUUCGGGAAAAGGUGAUCAAGAAACCAAAAAAGGUACCGCAAUUAAUCGGACACCCGGAUGAUCCGAACAACGGACACGUUUUUCUGCUGUAUCGAAUUUUUGUGAUCUUUUUGAGAAUUAUUUCUUUUCUAAAUGCAUAUUAUUUUUAGCAAAUAUUUCAACUAUCAUUACUAUUGUGAUUUUCUGUGAAAUCGUAAUGCUGCUGUGAAUUAAUUUUUAAGUUUUAACUCGUAUCCGUAAUGUGAAAUAAAAGUUUAAUUUUAAA